AUGGUUGUUCAAAUGAAUUAUGAUGCAAUUGAAAAUGAAAACGAUAAACAAUACAUAAUGGGACCUAAUCACUCAAUUCCUAAUGACGUAUUAAUAAUAAGCAUGUGUAUUGGAGGCUCUUUUGUUAUUAUUAAAGGCGGCAUCAAGGCCAGAAAAGAUGGUUUGACACGUCCGAUCGGUUUCUGAUUCGAAAUGGGCGAUGAAAGUGGUGAUAGUGAAAAAUCAAAUUCAACAAUGAGUCUGAUGCCAACAUCAAAUAAAUUGGGUGAUGAUGAUGCCAAAAUUAGUUUCACAACCAUCAAAACUGAUGGUCUUGAGCACACAUCAAAAGAUUAUCCAACAUCAAUAUAUGAUGCGUUAUCAACAGUAAUUCAAAUUAUGAAAAAUAUUGCUGAUGAUUUACCACGAAUGUUUGCAAAUGAAUUACAAAUGAAUUAUAAUGAUUCUCAAUCUAAUCAAAUUCAUACAUUGGAACUACUAAUUGAUGGUAGCUAG